AUGAAGGGCUUGUGGCUAGUGGGGUUUCUGCUGUCUUUGACGGGCUUGGACUGUCAUGAUCAUCACAAGACACAUCUACAUCACAGUCAGCACUAUCGAGUAGCCACAAAGGGGGAUGGUGAAGGCGUUACUCGCUCUGGCCCUUGCUACGUCAGACAUCGAGACCGGAGUCUGCUGGCCAGCAACCCUCCCCGUAGGGUGUAUCAUAACCCGGACUAUGACUUCGAGUCUCUUCCAGAGCAAUGGGACUGGAGGAAUAUAGAUGGGGUUAAUUAUGUUACUGUUGACCGCAACCAACAUAUUCCUCAAUGUAAGUGUCCUAAAAAUAAAGUAAUUUGUUUCUUCAGAUUGCGGGUCUUGUUGGGCCUUUGGAUCGACUUCGGCUCUUGCUGAUCGCUUUAACAUCAAAAACAAGAACAAGUGGCCGCAGCCACUCUUAUCAGUACAGGAAGUGAUCGACUGUGCUGGUGCUGGGAGUUGUUUUGGAGGCGACCCCCUGCCCGUUUACAAAUAUGCUCAUGAAAAAGGCAUCCCUCACGAGACCUGUAAUAAUUAUCAGGCCACCAACCAAAGUAAGUUUAAGACCGGAAAUGAUUGCUGCACAUUCCAAGUAAUUUAUUUUGACCGCCUUUUUUUAAUGAAUUAAUGUGGUUUUUUUAGAAUGUAACCCACAAAAUCGUUGUGGAACAUGCUGGCCAGAUAGGUGUUAUGCCAUUCAAAACUUUACCCUUUACAAAGUUGGAGACUACGGUGAGGUCUCAGGUCUCGAAAAAAUGAAGGCGGAAAUUUACCAUCAUGGCCCCAUUGCCUGCGGCAUCUCGGCCACCGAGAAGUUGGAUGGGUACAGUGGAGGGAUUUACCAGGAAGACACUGAUGUACAAAUCAAUCACAUAAUCUCUGUGGCUGGAUGGGGUGUUGAGAAUGGCGUUCCGUUCUGGAUUGGAAGGAACAGUUGGGGAGUGAAUGGAUGGGGCGAAAGCGGAUGGUUCAGAAUCGUCACUUCUGAAUAUAAGAACUCCGGAUCGAGAUUGAAUCUGAAGAUCGAAGAAGAUUGCGUCUUCGCUGAUCCUCUGAUAGAAGGAUUAUAA